GUGUCUUGAGCUUUGUUGCGGCGGAAUUUGCAGCUUUCGCGUCGUGGCUCCGAAGCCGCUGGGUUCUUCGGAGAUCACCCGCAUCAAAUUUGCCUCACAGCGCACAUGAGUUUUGAAAUUUUGUCGUAGAUUUCCAGGCGCUGCUGGCGAAGGGGGGUCCUAUCUGCGUCGUCGUCUGUCAUGACGGUUUCAUCGAGCGCUUCGCUCGUCUCGAGCCCGUCAUCCGUGAAGAUUCGGGACGGGGGUAGGAGGAUAUUGCCUGUUGGAUUUGGUUUGACCAGGGCGUGCAUUACCUCAGAAAAAUUCGGUAGCUCUGGUAAGGAAGCGGAGACGGAUGCCGGCGUUUCGACGAUGAGAGCUAGUGAGAGGGGUAGCGGCUACUUGCCCCCACGAUUCAGUGUAGCGCCGAUGAUGGACUGGACGAACAACCAUUUCCGGACUAUUGCUCGUCUUAUGUCCAAGCAUGCGUGGCUGUACACUGAGAUGGUAGUGGAUGACACCAUCAACUACCAGCAAGACAAUCUUGAUAUGAUACUUAAGUUCCCUGAAUCUCAUCAUCCCAUAGUGCUUCAGUUGGGUGGUUGCAAUCCAGAAAAGCUCUUUAGAGCAUCUCAACUUGCUAGUUUAUAUGGAUACGACGAAAUCAACUUGAAUUGUGGUUGCCCUAGUGAUAAUGUCACUGGCCGUAGUUUUGGUGCCGCGCUCAUGCUUGAGCCUGAGCUUGUUGGUCAAUGCGUGACCGCUAUUGCAAAGGGCAGCCCAGGGACUCCUGUUUCUGUGAAAUGUCGAAUAGGAGUUGACGACUUCGACUCUUACGAUUUUCUCCAUAACUUUAUCAGAAUUGUAUCAUCAACGUCACCUACGAAACACUUCAUUAUACAUGCACGAAAAGCCGUACUCAAGGGCUUGAGUCCGGAUGAAAAUCGAAGAAUACCACCUCUCAAAUAUGAUUAUGUUUUUGCUUUGAUGCGCGACUUUCCGAAUCUUAAAUUUACAUUGAACGGUGGGGUAGUCGGCAUUCACCAGGUGAAUGAAGCCUUAAAUAGAGGAGUCUUCGGAGUUAUGCUGGGGCGUACAGCUUACAACAGUCCCUGGAGUGUCCUUGCCAACGUUGACAGAGUCGUGUAUGGGGAUAUGACACCUGUGUUGACUCGACGUCAGAUUCUGGAGAAAUAUGUAGUAUAUGGUGAUGCUGAGCUUCAUCGGUACGGUUAUAAAAAACCUGGUAUUAGACAAAUUGCACAGGGUGGGGCGCCGGUAUGGGAAAAACCAGCCUUUGUCAGGCCUAUUCUACCGAGAGAAAGGAGUAGGAUUGUGGAGGCGGGCUCUGGACGAGUAUAUUCGAAGCUCCCAGACUCUGCAUGCACUUUUAAGAGAUACGCUUCGUGUGAUACCUGAUUCUGUACUUGAUGAUUCACCAAAACUUGAAGAAUCUGCAGUGUCAUUAUUUGCUGACUUAUCUGCACUCCCAUCUGCACACCCAUUUGGUUCUUCCCGAACUCUCCAGCCUCCACAACAGUCACUUGAAGACCAUAGUACCGUUCAGUUCUUAGGUGUAGAUCUAAAGCAGAAAAAACACACGCAGUAGGGCUUUGAAAAACUACUUUUAACUUGAAACGUCUGCCCUUGCUGAUUUCUUUUGUGUAAUCAGGUCACCAUUUCCUAAGUUAAAAAAAGAAAAGUAGAGAAAGUACCCAAAAAGGUCUUUCAUUCUGUACCAAUUACUAGACACAAACUAAAGAUCAAUGUCUGUAGCAGCUGACACUGUAACCGAUUAUGAACUGUAGAUGAAUUUGGUGCUCAGUAGAAUUGUGAGAAUUGAAUUU